UGUGCUGCCGCUCAGCGGAAAGUGUGUGGAAAGUGCAAACGUCAAACUGUACCCUCUGUGUCGCAAGAAAAAAAAACGCAAAUAUUUCGCGCUGGGAGACCCCAUAGCACCCCAAAAGUGACCCCAAAGCACCCUCAGGACGCAUCAGGGGGCAACAGUGGUGACGCGGAGUGGGCAGAAGCCGAGUAGGCACUGGUGGAAGUGUGUUUUUGUUCAGCCGGACAAUUUUCAUUGCCUCUUGUGUCUCCCUCGAGAUUACACAGUGUUUUUGCCCCGUUUUGUUUGUUUGUGUGUGUGGUGAGACGCGCUCCUGCCGACCCUUGUGUGGCCCCAAUCCGCCCCCAGUUGCCCCGGGGCCAGUGGAUGCUGGGCCUCCAUGGCUGGCUUGGCGUGCAGUGGCCGCUAUGGCGCAAUGGUGCCCUCCGGGGGGCCCGCCGACUGACUGUGUAAGGCGUCCGGAGUGGCGCGCGCGCGCGUUGAGACUGUGUGCUAGUUGUGUGCAGGAAAAUGCCAUUUGGCGGCGUGAUCGCGUGACCCGGGCGUGCGUGAGGCUGCCGUGCUGUGGCCCCCAGUGUCAUUCACCUCGCCGAGUGCCCAGAGUGUGAGUGUGGGGCUUGUUUUGGGGGCCGCCUCCAACACACACACGCACUCUCUGCGCAGUUUCUGGACACACAGUGUGAUGAUAAUAGCUUGUGAGUGAGAGUGUCGUCAAAAUAGUGCGGCGUUGUUUUGCCGAGAUUCGCGCAAGAGAAGAGGAAGAGAGUGAGAGAGUGAAGAGAAAGGAGGUGGAAGGACUAGUGACAAGUGCGCGCUUGAACGAUAACUGUUGUGCCUAUUCUUCGUGAAUAUGCGGAAAGAAUAGUGGCGGGAGCAGCAAUGAAGGAGAUGGUUGGUGGAUGUUGUGUCUGUUCCGACGAGAGAGGAUGGCCCGAGAAUCCACUGGUGUACUGCGAUGGCCAGAAUUGCACCGUGGCCGUCCAUCAGGCCUGCUAUGGGAUUGUGACGGUGCCCACGGGGCCCUGGUACUGUCGCAAGUGUGAAAGUCAGGAGCGCAGUGCUAGGGUUCGAUGUGAGCUGUGCCCAUCGAGAGAUGGGGCACUCAAGAAAACAGACAAUGCAAGCUGGGCGCACGUGGUUUGUGCCCUAUAUAUUCCGGAAGUGCGAUUUGGGAAUGUCACCACCAUGGAGCCCAUUAUCCUGCAACUCAUUCCGGCCGAGCGAUACGCCAAGAAUUGCUACAUAUGCCAGGAAAUGGGAAAGGGCAGUCGUGCCAAUGUAGGUGCGUGUAUGCAGUGCAACAAGACAGGAUGCCGGAUGCAAUUUCACGUGACCUGCGCCCAGGCCCUGGGGCUACUGUGCGAGGAAGCGGGAAAUUACCUGGACAAUGUCAAAUACUGUGGAUACUGUCAGUAUCACUAUAGCAAACUCAAGAAGGGAGGGAAUGUCAAGACUAUACCGCCGUAUAAGCCAAUACAGCAUGAAGCUGGCUCAAGUGAUAGUCCAUCGUCGCCAGAGAAGGAUUCGGAGGCGGCUACAACGGCAACUGGAGCCACUGCGGGGGCUCCAGCACCAAAACCUGGCACAGCACAGCCAAGUACUGCCACAAUUUCAGCAUCAGCACUGCCAGCUGCAGCUGCAGCUACUUCCUCGAAACAGAGGAAGUCCAGCUCCUCGACUAAGGGAGUAUCAGGUCCAGCAGCAGCAACAGCCGCGGCACCAACUGCUGUUGCUGCGACUGUUGUGCCACAAAUGGCACCGGCUGUCGCUGCUGCUGCCACAACGCCUCCUGUGGCGUCAGGGAGCGCAACUGGGACACCAGCAGCGAGUAAAAUGGGCUCUUCAGGUGGCGGGAGCGGGAAGGAGAAGGAGAAACACAGUCGAGGGGCAAAUAAAAUGUCCAGUUCGAAGGACAAAGAAUCCUUCAGGGAGAAGAAUAAAUCCUCCUCAAAGGCAAAGGAAGAUUUUGCCAUGGGAGCCAUGGGAAAGGCUUCAGUGGCUACAAUGGAAAAAACUGGAGUUUUGGUGUCAACUCCUUCGGCUACAGCCACAAAAUCCAGCUCAAUAAUUGCGCCUUCAGUGCUGCAGGGAUCCAAGGAGUUGAUGACCAAGGAUGCCAGUGGAAAAUUCACAACAUCCAAUUUUACGGAAAGUGUUGUGGUAAAUUCCGAAUCAGUAUUUGGCAGUGACAACAGCAAGGGCUCCACUAGCUCGACGUCGUCAAAUGUGGCCAAGAAGAGGAAGGCAGAUGGGAAGUCAAAUAGCGUUGAGGAUGUUAACAAUUCCGCGUAUUUGUCCUUUUGCAGGGAUCUCAUCAAAGAUGUCUCAGUCACUCUCAUUCCGUUGAGCUCAGUGGACAAGCUGGAUCUUGGGGAGGUCAAGAAGGUGCGAACGGAGAGCACAGCGAGUUCAUCGCCGGCUCUCCAGACACCAACGGAUGGUCCUCUGGGGAGUACUCUUCUCACAACUGGACCAGCUACUCUGUCCCUGCCCAAGCAGCACGUUCUGGCGAGCAAUCAGCCAAUGCCGGUGCAAGCGACAGCGUCAAUUAUUAAACCGCCUGUUAUCAAGGAUGUGGGCGAUUUGGGUCGCGUACAGGCGGCUUCGUCGCCUUUUGCCGCCGCUACGCCGGCCGAAAUGCAGCCUAGCACAACGACACAGAGUAUCCGAGUGUCUGUGCCGCUGUCAACGGCAUCUGUGGCUGGAAUUAAUCUGCCCACGAAUAACAAUACAAGUAGCAGCAGUCCGGGAAUGCUGUCGGGGAAUAUUCCGAGCACCAGUACGGCUGGAAGUCUCUUUCAGCAGGCUCUGCACAAUCGCUCAGCCGAACAAAUGGGUAGCUUUACGAUGGGACGCCUGGGAAAUCCCCAGCAGUCCCAGCGGGCAAGUCCUAUUGUGCAGAUGCCACCGAAUCAUCAGAAUGUCAUCCUGCAGCAUCAGGGCAUGCAGGAGAGGCAGUCUCCUCUAGUUCAGCAAGCCGCCUCGUCGCCCCUGCUGGCCCAUCCACCCGAACAGGCCAGUACUCCGGCUUCCGGGGCUGCCACGCAAAUGCAGAAUCUCUCGCCCAUUGGGAUUCACAGUCAGAUCUUGACUUCCGGCAAUGUGGCGGCUGUGCAUCAGUCAGACAGUGGAAUGCUCAAGAUCACGUACGAGAAACAACCACCGCCCAGAGCUACGCCAACGCCCGUCCAGGAGGAUCCACCGAAUCUCCCAGGACGUCGAUCAAGUAGUAAGUCACGAUCAUCAAAGAAACGUCCAACGGCCUCAUCUGCAAAUUCAUCAUCAGUCAAAAAUCAAAAGAAUGUGGUGCAGUUCGAUUCGAGCACCUUUCCCACUGCAACUGAAUGUACUUUUUCCAUCACAAAUAGUCACACAACAUCAGCUGCUGGGGGGCACAAUCAUGGCGAUUUUGGGGGUGGUGUUGUUGGGGGCUUUGGAGGAGGAGGCGGAAGUGGUUUGGAGACCCAAAUGGUGGCAAAGGCAUCACGGCCAGCAACUCGUGGGCUCGUGAUGAGUGAAACGCCACCGCCUCAUUCUACUUCCAGGACCCCAGAAACGACGGUUAAUUUUGCUUCGGCUGUCUCGGGGGGUGGUAGUUCGUUUGCGGGAUUAAAGUUCACCUAUGAAUCGCAACCUUCGACGUCAUCGACUGUGGCAGCAUCAAGUAGUCUGCCGCCAAAGGAUUCACCACCGAGUAGUCCAGGAAGUGAAGCUGGUGCUUCGACACGAAAGAGAAGUCGCAAGGCGGCGGCGGCAGCAGCGGCAACUGUUGCAGCUGCAUCGAAUCCGAGUCAGGUGGAAUCGAAGGAGCUCAAGAUAUUCCAAAAUGGCAUCCAUGUCACUCAUAUGUUGGGCAAUCAACUCAAUCCGGCCAGUAGCGUGGCUCAGAAGAUGUCAGAUCAGCUUCACAUGGAAAUUGAGGCACACAGCGUAUACACAUCGCCAGCCAUGGACACUAGUCCUCAGCUCGUGGGACCUCCAUUUCCCGGGAAACACACACCGUACAGCAGUUCCAAGGCAGCAGCAACGCAAGGUCCGCCAUCUCUGACUACGAUGCUAGGAGCAGGAUCCGGAUCGAGUAGUGGAUCAGGAACGACGCCACAGAGCCUAGAGCAACUGCUGGAACGACAAUGGGAACAAGGAUCGCAAUUUCUAAUGGAGCAGGCUCAGCAUUUUGACAUUGCUUCAUUGCUGUCCUGCCUGCAUCAGCUGCAGACGGAAAAUGUGAGGCUGGAAGAACAUGUGAACAAUCUAGUGGCCAGGCGGGAUCAUCUACUGGCAGUUAAUGCUCGGCUGGCCAUUCCACUGGCCAAUCCCAAUGCUGCAACUGGUCAAGUUCAAUUCAACAGCAUGAAUGUGAAUGGUCCCUCGGAGGCCACAGCAGCUGCGGCGGGCCGCACGAGUCGAUCAUCGGCGUCGGGACAGCCAUUCAGUGUCCAGCCGACAGUUCAGCAAACUCCUGCCCAACCCUCGCAGCCGCAGCUGCAGCAGAUUCCGGUGGAGAAUGGCGUAGACUUCCGACAUUCGGCCGUUUCCGCUGUUACAAUUACGCCCCAUCAGCCCCCUAGCGGCGGGAGUGUGAGACACUCGCCUGUGACGCAGCAGCCGUUUGUGGGUCAGGCGGCGGCCGGCGGACGCCAAACGGCAACAGCAAGUGGAUCGGAUUCGUCCCGAUCGAGAUGCGCCGCUGGAGCUCCAACGGCCGGAAGUGCGAGUGUUUUCCAGGCGCAGCAGACGACGUCGUCCUAUCAAAAACUUGCCUUGUUGCAGCAGCAACAGCAGCAAGCACAGACAAUUCGACGUGACGACGGUCAGGCGAAGCCCAGCUGAAAACAACCACUCGUCCAGGGGCGAUUUGGUGGAGGAGUUGGUGGUGGGGUCAGAGGCAGGGAGUUGACGGGCAAACGGAUGAAUUUGCAGCUGAGGGGAAUUUUGAGGGUGAAUGAGAGGCGUUUGGUGAGAUAUCUCACAAGACGCUGCCGGAAGAUGCGACAAAUGGUCACAAAAUCAGCCAAAUGGAAGUGUUCGUGCAGGAGAAUAUAUCCAAGAAAUGGCAUUAAAUAUCAAGAAUCUUCCAGCAAAAGAGCAAAGAAGAAGAAGGUACCAUCAAAUCCGGAAAGGCUUCAAAUCACCGGCAAAAGUGAUGCGUGCAGUGUUAAUAAUAACAAUUGCAGUGUCAAUAAUAACUUUGACCCCCAACCAAUUGUCGAAAUUGUGACUUGCAGUGGUCAGCAGAACAGCAAACAAUCCAGCAAAAUUGCCAGCAAAGUGAGUAACAAGAAUAUUCUCUGUAAUAUUAAAAAUAAUCUAGACAAGACUGCCAACUGUGACGCUCAUGCCAAAUUUAAAGACUUUUCUAUUGAUUUUAUUCUCAAAUCUGCAAAUUGAUUAAUUUUUUCUUUUAGAAAAAAAAAAUAUCCUUUUCACCCAAUUUUUUUUUAAAUUGUCAAUUGGAAGUUUUUUGAAUUAUAUAAAUAAUUUUGAAAAUAAAAAAUUGAAAUAGAUUUUUUUUUGAAAUGGAAGAAAA